AUGGGCAACCUCAAGCCCAAGACGGGGGUUUCUCAGACCUCGCGUCCCCGUUCAGUCAAAUCAAACAAGCAACCCGUCGCGACCGUGUCUGAAGUGGACGGCAUUGACGAAAAGUACGCCAUCGAUGACCUUCAGGAGGACAUUGAGCACGGCGUUGCCCACCCCGUCAGCGCCAUGGCCGAGCUCGAGGAACGCGUAAACGACCUCGACAACGCCUGGGAGUCUGAGUCCCUGCUUGCCGACAUGCUCGAGGGCCUCUCUGACGAGAACAUCACCAACGACCCCGAGUAUUGCACCCCAGAGGAGGCCGUUAGUUACCGCCAACUCCUCCGCACCUUGGGACCAGAAGAGCUCAUCAACCGCACAAUCACGUCUGGCCUCAUCACCGCCAAGAAACUUCUCAGUGCCUUUGAUGUGCGCCCGCCUGGUCUCGACGGCCAGCCUGACUCGGUCUAUUUCGACCUGUUGAUACUUGCCUUCAGCCGCGAGCUCUCCAAGAGAGCCAAGCUGCAGCAGUACAACACCGUCGAUGAUGCCGUCGCCCUCCUCAAGAAGUCAAAGAACAUCAUCGUCCUGACCGGCGCUGGCAUUUCUACCUCGCUGGGAAUUCCAGACUUCCGCUCCAAGGGCACUGGUCUCUAUUCCAAGCUGGAACACCUCGGCCUGAACGAUCCCCAGGAAGUCUUUGACAUCUCCCUCUUUAAGCAAGACCCGAGCAUCUUCUUCUCUGUCGCCCGGGAUAUCAUGGUUGAGACCGAGCGCUACUCGCCAACGCAUGCCUUCAUUGCGCUGCUUCAGAAGUUCGGGAAGCUUCUCACCAACUACUCUCAGAAUAUCGACAAUCUGGAGUCCAAGGCGGGCAUCGACCCCAGUAAACUCAUCCAAUGCCACGGCUCCUUCGCAACCGCAACAUGCUUCACCUGCUACCACCAAGUGCCAGGCGACGACAUCCUCCCCGACAUCAAAGCCGGCAAGAUCCCCCGCUGCCCCAAGUGCGGCAUCCCCCGCCGUGGCACCAAGAACAGCCGGAAGCGCAAGCUGGCCAAGGAUGGCACAAGUAGCCGGCCUCGACGGCGGCCCGGCGAUUACGACAGCGCCAGCGACUCCGAGUAUGACAUGCCGUCCAAGGGCGGCAUCAUGAAGCCCGACAUCACCUUCUUCGGCGAGGCGCUGCCGGACGAGUUUUCGAGCCGUCUGGUCGACCACGACCGCGACAAGACGGACCUAGUCGUCGUCAUCGGCACCAGCCUCAAGGUCGCCCCCGUCAGCGAGCUGGUGCCCUUCCUGUACCCGCACAUCCCUCAGAUCUACAUCAGCCGGACCCCUGUCAACCACCACAACUUCGACAUUGAUCUCCUCGGCGACUGCGACGUCGUCGUCGCAGAGCUGUGCCGCCGCGCCGGCUGGGACCUGCGCCACGAGAUGGUCCCCGAGGACCAGGUCGUCGACGUCGUCACCGAGUCAGGCUGGAGCAGCAGGCACAUCUUCACUGAGAGGCGGCGCGCCGGUAAUGGCGACAACCAUAACGGCAAUGCAUCAGCGGCGGCGAGUUCAAGCGAGAACACUACCGAAGCUGCCGCGACCCCUCGCAGUGACGAUAUAGACAACGCGGAGAAGUCGUCCCGGCCGCGGAGGGCGGCUAGGACCGCGCUGCCGACCAAGGCGCCCGGGAAUCAUGCCCCUUCGGCCGAGGGACCUAGUCUCGCCAGCCGGACCCGAAAGAGCCGCAACUCAGACGGGGAGGACGCUGAUUACACGGGCAACUGA